AUGUCGUCGGAUUAUCCGAAAUGUAGAUAUACUGGUGUAGAUAAUCUUGAGUUGAUUACUGAAACUAGACCUUCAAAUGUUGAAUUUAUCAAAUGCAAUUUUCUUCAAGGGUUACCAUUCGAGGACAACACCUUUGAUUUUGUUCUUAUGAGAUUUAAGAUACUGGAGUUCACAGAACAUCAAUGGGAAUCUUUUGUGGUCAAAGAGUUAGUAAGAGUUUUAAAGUCAAACGGGUGGCUCGAGCUAAUGGAACCUAACAUAGAAUUAUGUAACAUGGGCCCAUUAACAAAAAAAAUUAAUGAUACAAUUGUGACUAAAAUCAGAACAUUUAACAUAAAUACAAAUAUUCACCAACGAAUAGAAGAAUUUAUGAGAAAUACUAAUUUAUUGAUUAACAUUGAAAGUUUUGUUAAACGUGUACCUUGCGGAAGUUGGGCUGGAAAAGUUGGUGAAGCCGGUGCGAUUGUGUUGCGUGAUGGUUUUUUAAAACAUAUGGGAUUUAUAUUGAGCCAACAAAAUUCAAGUUCAAGCUCGAUCAUCAAUGAAAUAUUAAGCUGCAAUGAUAGUAAUCCCGUGUUUAAUAAUAACCGGCAACAACGCAAAGGAAGCAUCAUUGGUGGCCGUAGUGGUAUUGUUAAAAAUAAUAUUAAAUCAAAUAAUAAUGACGAUGAUGAUUCUAGAUUAAAAACAGUGUUAGAAAACUAUUUAAACGAAGCAAAUCUUUACAAAACAACUUUUGAUACUUUUCGAUUUAUCGGUCAAAAAAAAGUUACAUAA